AUGGCAUUUUGUAUCGGACCUUUUUGCGGAAAAUUCCGCGAUGAGUUGGGUGGUGAUACAGACAGCGAGGAAGACGAGGAUGGCAGCAGCAUGCGUGCAAAGUCCAAGCGAAAAGCCAAGAGGCGGAGGCCAAAGAAAGAACGGAACGUUGCCUCUGCCGCCAUGAUGUGGGCCCCUUACUUGAGCGAAGUGCGCGUUCUGGUGAAGGGUACCGGUCAGGUGGGCGAAGGAGAGAUGAAGGCUGUCACGCAGCUGAAGACGCCAUACAACACAAGCAUGUCAGAGAACAUGCUUGCAAGGAUCAACCAGUUGCAGCAAGUCGAAAUCAUCGAGAUCGCCAAAUGCAAUCUGGAUCGCAUUCCCCCGUCUCUGGAAGAGGUGGAAGGUCUCAUGACCUUGUGCCUUUCGUACAACAACAUUCGCAGAUUUUCGCAAGAACUCGGGCGAUGCGAAGGUUUGGAAAGAAUUGUCCUGGAUUGGAACCAGAUCAGUGAAAUUGAGCCUGGAAUCUUCUCGGAGGGCACCUUUCCAAAGCUCGAGGUCAUCAAUUUGUCCCACAACCGUCUUGCAUUUUUGCCGUCGGAUUUUCCCAAGACGGCAUCGCAAAGCGUGAAUGGCUUGCAGUACGUUGACCUGUCCUACAACCAGCUUAUUUCAGUGCCGGUAGCUCUGAUGCAGUGCAGGUCUCUGAAGGAGCUGAAUCUGUCUCACAACAAGAUGAGCAAGCUCCCGGAAGAAUAUGGGCUGAAGACGUUGAAGAAGCUCUUUCUGUCCUUCAACGAGCUGUCUUCCCUUCCAGAGAACAUCGGCACUAGCAAAGAGCUCGAGAAGCUUCGCAUCACCUCGAACCAGAUCAAGAGGCUGCCGUACUCGAUUCUCAAGCUGUGGAAGAAGGAGGGCGGGAAGCUGGAAGAGCUGCUAGUGGACCGAAAUCCACUUCAAGUACCAAGCAUUACUGCUUUCGAGAUGGAAGCAGGAAUGAGUGGUAUGGACAGGGCCUUCCAUUUACUGCAGGAGAGCAAGAAGGAACAGGAGCUGGAAGAGCAGAAGCAGCUCGUAACCGAGCAGCUGGCGACCGUCCAGCAGGUUUCGGCUUUGCCUGCUCCUGCAGCACCGGUUGAGAAGAUAGUCGAGCCAAUCGCUGCUGACCCCGUGGACCAUCUGGACUCCUGGUACUUUGGGCAUUGUGGAGGUGACGAGGCCCGGAUCCGAGAAAUUCGGGAUGCCGAGCAAAGCUUUCUUGUGAAAAAGAGGCACACAUUCCUGGCCAUGCAGAGAAAAGCUGCAGAGAGUGCGCAGGAGGCCAGCAAGGAUUUGCCGGAGCAGUUGAAGGUAUUCUUGGAUGAGAAGAGCUACCAGAACUACCGCGGCCGAGUUCAUGAGCAGGAUAUCGACCUUUUCUUCAUCCUUUUUGUCUUUGCGGCAAAGCCGAUGUACAAGUCUGCGCAGACUUGGUUCGACAAGUUUGAGGUCGGCGAGAAAGGCUAUAUGUCCAAGCAGGAAUGGUACGAGUUGUGUCUGAACUCGCCCUUGGACGUGCGACAGAAGAUGAUGGAUGAUCUCUGGCAUGUUCUCUAUGACAGCUCCGUGAACGCACACGGCCUGACUGAGCCGUUUUUCAUCGCCUGCUGCCAGAUCCAUGAUCUCGAGGCGCGUGACCCGUACAUUGAACGGAUGGCCGAUGCCCUGUGCCUGUCCUACUACGAUAACACCAUCUCCGAGAUUGAGGCCAAGCUGGCGCCCAAUGCCAUGGAGUUCGGGGGAGGCGACGGUGAGAACACCAGCAGCAGGGACGCUGGAAAUGCACUCGAUGAUCCGACGGGCCUGAAGAGUGCCAACCAGUCAGCGGCAAAGCUGCAUGCGGGCAGCAGCACACUUGCCACCACCGAAGCGUACUCAUUGAAAGAUCUUCUAAAGAAGGUCAGCUUGACCGAUUACGACAUACAGCACAUCAGCCAUGUUGACGGUGAGGAGGGCAGUGUUGCAGAAUCGGAGAAGUCACGCGACUCUGCCGAGUUGUCCGAAGAUGAAACCUCUGAGAUGUCUGAAUUUGAUGCGCAGGCCUUCCUCCAACUAGAGGAGGAGACCAACAUCAAGACGGCUAACAAGACGCACCAGCGCUUUGCGAUUGGCAGCGAUGCGUCCUUACGACAGCUGAUGGAGGCUCCCUUGCAGGAGAUCUUCAGAGGUAGACGUGAGGCAAUGAGGGCGACGGAGGUGGCUGGUCCAUACAAGCGCCAAGUAGUCAUCAAACCUCAGCGCAAUCGCAGGCAGCAGUUUGACGAGCUCUCCGUGCGGCGAGCUUUGCGUGAUGUCUACCGCAGUAUGCCGUUUCUCGACUUCUCGGCAUUCAUCUCCUUUCUGCUGCGAACCCUCCACAGCAUCAAGGAAGAGAAGAACGACCGUUCAAAAGGUCGAAGCUGUGCGUGGCACGAUGACGACCCCUCGUUCCGACAUGCGGUCGGAGUGGCGGGUCUGAACAAGUAUACGUGCCGCCUUCUUGAGAUCAUGGGUUUUGUUCAUCUCAACCAGAUCUGCUGGAUUUGGCCAACAGUUCAUCUGAAGUCCGCCAAGUACGGGAAGUGCUGGGGCCACCUGCAAGUGCCCUUGGACUGCCCCGGCCUCGUCAAGAGCCGGCUCGAGCAGAUGAUCCAAAUCCUUACAGCCUGCCUUGUGGCUAUCAACGACAAGGGUACCGCCUUCACAGGUUACUUCGAUGUGGACUAG